CCAUGGCUGUUAAGCUUUACACUGGAUACGUUUGAAUUUUGACUUGCUACAGGUCAAGAAGGCCAAGAUAUAGCAUCUGAGUAGUAGUUUUUGCUUGUUGUUAAUACCAGGGUUAACCACAGUAAACGAGGUGCAAACCGUACAAGGAUAAAAUCAUUUCUUGCUGUUACCUCUCUAAUUAGUCGUUGAACGCUAGAAAAUACACAGGGUGCGUCUGAAGUACAUUCACACGCUAGAAUGCCGCCUUAAAUUAACUGAAGUACAUUGGUCACUGCCACUGAGGAACCAAAAUUGUUUUUGGCUGUGAAGAAAGCAGCUGUUUACGCCUCAGAGUGCUGUUGUCAGUGAGAGUCGAACUAGCCGUCUGUUCGUGUUUCGUUUGUCUCCCGAUGCUCCUCUCGUCUUCCUAGUUUGAGGCAUUUGUAUUGUUCCCCAUCUCGCUCUCACCUCAGGUCGGUGGAGAGACUGUGGCAUUUUGUGGUGUUACCUAAUUUUGUCUGUCUCGAAUUUGUCCCUGAUUGUGCGUUCUAUGGAGACGAAGUGUAGACCGUAACGAAAACGAAACGCGUAUUGGCGAUGUUCUUGACGUGGCGUCUUUAUCGUUUCUUGAUAGAAGGGUGCUUCAGUAGUUGUUUUCUGUUACUUGCCUGACAAACUUGGCGUGUGUAUCCCCGUGUAGAUUCGCUGAUACUGUUGUUUUCCGUGUGGCAGAAACUGCCGCAGCAGGGCGUAUUUUGUUCUUCUUUUUCAGAACGGAUGUGAAAACACGGUCACUCAUCCACACAUCAGCACCUGUACAUGCAUGGUUCUUCAUUUGUAGCAGCUCUCUGCGCGUGUUGGAUUGUCUUCUAGUGACAGUUCCUAGGUUCACUUGCUCUCUGUGCAUAGAUAGGCGUCAGAAAAGGCCUUGCUGCUCCUUUGUUUCUGCUACAAAUUUCGCGAACGAGAACAGGAGUUUCCCGCUCCUCUUCCACAGUUUGUUUCUUGUUCUGACAACGCCUUCCGUCUGCUGAUAUCGCGGGAGAAGCAGAAACAGGGAUUGUCCGCGUUUACCUGGUUGAGUGACGCCGCCAUGGCAGGCUCCUCAGAGCCCGGAGUCGCUGUCAGUUGUGUGGGUUCAACGGUAGGGAAGGCGGAUCUUUCGCGACGAAAAAACCGAAGCUCGUGUGCGGCUUCUUUCGCAGUUGUUGCUUUGCUUUUGCUCAAUGCGCUACAUUCCGCCCAGCGUGUCUUUGCAGAAGACGCUUCUGUUGUUGGAGCUCUCAAAGCGGCAGAAGCGCCUCUCGUGACCCCGUCGUCCUCUCUGCGUGUGAAAGCACCCUCUCUUUUCAGUGAGGACAAAAAUGAGCUGUCCACGGCACAGGGGCUUGCAGACAAGAAUACGUUGCCCCAGGAUGCGAACGACCAAACCAGAAAGCAAGUUGUGACGAAAGAAACGCCUGCCUCGACCGUUCCCCGUGACACGGUUCAGACAAAGGUGGGAGAGGCAGACACGAACUCUCAGAAGGCGGAAACGAGCAAAGCGGGUGGUAAGGCGGAAGUUUCUGAAGAACCAGAACAACCCGGUGAAAAGGAGAGAACGCCGGAGGUAGAGACGGCCAAAGAAGAAACAGGCGGAACUCCGGCACAAGAAAAGAAGGGAAUUCAGAGUGGCGAAAGAAUAGAACACGAAGACAGCGAAAAAGAGAAACAACCGACCGACGAGUCGACACCGGGAGCGGGUACCGAUAUCGGCGGAAAGACGCGCGAAACUCAAACACAAACACGCACGGAAGUUGAAAAGCAGAGCGACGGAAAACUGUCCAGUGUCACGGAAAUGUCGGAGGGGGAGGAGGCGAAAGAACAACAGAAGGAACAAGGCGAUGGCAGGGGAGAAAGAAAAGAAGGCAAAAAGGAGACAAACACGACAAGCAGCGUGGCAGAUGAUCGAAGCUCACCGAGUAGCCAAGAAGAGGAGAAACCGAGUAAACCGGGUAUUCAAUCCGAAAAGGAAAACGGGGGGAAAGCUCCGGAGGACCGCAGCAAAGAAUCCGAAGAUAGUGGACGUCCCCGAGACAACAGUGACGACGAGGACUCUGACGAUGAUCCUCCUGAAGAUGAUUCUGAAGAUACUGACCCUCGUGUAGGUGAUCCUCGAAAGGAAAAGCCUCGCGUGGAUGAGCCUGAAGAAGAAAAACAUCACAAAGGUCAUCCUGAAAACGAUGGCCCUGAUGAAGAUGAUUCUGGAAAGGCGAAGCCCCGCGAAGAUUCUUCUGACGAUGCCGGUCCCCGUGAAGAUGAUUCGGACGAUCCCGAUCCUCUUGAUGGUGAUUCUGACGAUUCUGAUCCUCACGAAGAUGAUUCGGACGACCCCGAUCCUCUUGAUGGUGACUCAUACGAGGAUCGUUUCGAAGAUGAUUCUGAUGAGAAUGAGUUUGGUGAAUUUGCAUUUGGAGAAGACGACUUAGAUUAUGGUGCGCUGUAUUAUGAAGACGAUGCAGAUCGUGAGGAAGCGGUCGAACAUGGAUUUUUUUCCGUUGUCGAUACAGCGGAACAGGUGAAGCAAGACAAGAUCAAGUUCGCUGAACGUCGGAGGAGUGACGAAGAGGCGGAAGAAACGCAAAUCGAAAACGAACGGGAGGACAGACCGCACACACCGCCGCCACAGAUGCCACCGUGUUGGCGCGUGGCAGUUAUCGGCGAUUCGGCUGGAAUUUCCGCGUCUUUUCCCGAUUUAACGACGAACGAUCUUCUCGAGCUGUUUGAGUUCACCAACAAAACAGGAAUUCAGAUGAGGCGGUGGCCCGGAAUUCUUCGCCACUUUCUUCGACGCCCGUUUCCGGGCUUUGUUUACACGAUGGCCUUUGAGGAAUUUAUUCCUUCAGGAUCUGAGAUGGUUCCCCCCUUCGCUGGCGUCUCCCCACUCGAUGUCCGCGAAAAAUGCGAGGGUUCCGGGCUCACGGUUUCAGAGGUCGUGAACGGAGAGGAAGAAAUCCUUGAGCGAAAGGCCCGCUGCGAAGCACGGAGACAAGGCGAGACGGACGCGAGAGAAGAACCAAGCGGAGGCGCCGAUUGGCAGGAGAGAAAAGAACAAGGCGGUGGACAAGCAGAAAUGAAAAAUGCUGCAGGUGCGGCACUUCGUUGUGGAGCCGACAUCGAACCAAUGACUACAUCGCCGGGUUCCGAGGAAGAAGAAUCAGGAGGAGACUGGAAGUCUGACCUGAGCGUCUUUCCUCUCCAGAGACGACGCCCCCGCCCUCCCGUCUACUAUCCGGUCCCCGUUUACCCCAGUCCGCCGUACCCCAUGCCUCCGCCAGGCCGAACGUAUCCUCCGUAUCCUUAUCCUCUUCCUUCGCCUUAUCCUUAUCCCGUUCCUUCUCCUUCUUAUCCUCCGAUACCUUUGCCUGUUUUGCCUCCCACGCAGUAUCCUCCUCGUGAAAGGUUUCCUAUGUAUCCGCCGACACAGUAGGGUGGAUGACUCCGAGGCUCUAAGGAAGAUAGAGUAAUGUUGCCCAGGCGAGAUUGGAAGUUCGGAGGUAUUUUCAGGAACGAACGCGGCAUCCUACACUUCGGCAAUGGAUAAAGUCGAGGAAAGGCGAAAUGAGGAGGCCCAAGGCCAACCGAAGCAGAAGAACGAGAGAACAUGAGAGAUGAUAGGGCAAAACAACAUGAGAAAAAGGGAGAGAGGAAAGGUUGGGAAGCCGAGGGAGAGAAAGCGAGGUAAACUCGCUCGGAUCUCUGUGUAGUUAGUUGAAGAGUUCACGAGGGGGGCAGAGACAAACCGAGACAGAACGAGUAAAAUGUGAAGGACACGAAAUGAGGUUUAGAAUAGUUUUUGCUGAAACGUUUUUGACCUCUCUCGGGACUUCCGUCUAUUCCUUCCUUCAGUGCAUGCAGACCUUCACAGAGCCUCGAAUUUAGCCUCUAGACCGAACCACACAUUCCGGAAACGAAGAGGAACUGAGAGCGAUCCUCAGAAAUCGCCGAAGCAGGGUAGACACAGGAUAUAUGUGUACAGCCGCAGGUGGACAGAAAGGAAGGGAGAGAUGCAUACAGAGAGAGCUACAAAGCAAUACUUGUAUCUUUCAUUGAGACAUGGAUAAAGAGAAGUGCACUAGUAGACAUCUCGAUCUAAAACGAUUCUAGAGACGGACGGAGGAGCCACGCGUGCUCACACAGAACCGCAGAAACAGAGCUGGAAGCUGGGGUCACACACCGCUUACUGUUGUGUUGGAACUCCUGGUUUUGCCGCGUUCUGACUGCCGGACACAAGAGCGUUUCUGUGUCAGCGUUGUUUCACCCUCGACGGUUUUUCGCUUUUCUCCCUCUCUUUCCCUGAGGAGCGAAGAACUUCUACUUUUCGCCGGAGUCAAGAUUCCGUGCGUGCACAUAGAGGAACUGGUGGGUUUUCCUCGUGAAGAUCAAAACGAAAUUCGUUGUCAGUUACGUUGCGGGACCCAUCCGACGGAUGGAACGACUUCAACAUGUUUUUUGAGAAAAUUUCGGAAUGUCAAUGACACUCUAUGGGCCUAGGAGCAAAGCAAGCUUCAGAGUGAUUUGUCGAAAAGUGAAUUUCCGCCUAAGAGGACAAGCACGCGUGACGAGUGCAUCAGCAGAGAAUUACCAGUGACAGCUGCUCUAAGAAAGCAUUUUGGACGUGGAGGAAAUGCGCAGAAUGCCACUUCUCUCAUCCCUUUGUGUGGUCCUUGGCGUUUGUCUGCAUGCACCAAGUUGUCGUCUCACAAAACAGUAAGCGUGUCUGUGAGUCUAUGAACCCAUACAAAUAUUUAGGUAGAUUUAUAGGUAUAUAUGUAUACGAGUGCAUGAUGCGUGUAUGUAUAUGAUGCUUGGCAUGGACAUAGGCGGUUUAAGAAAGACUUGCUGGAUGGACAGAGACAAAAUUGUGCUGUUUCUUUGACUGACUGUGUUGCGCCGCCUAGAGUUCAUAGGAACCCAUUCGAAAGAGUGCGGACAGAUCCACUAGAGUCACUCUUUGUAAGUACAGGAAGACCCUCGUCUGUUUGUGUGUUGACUCUUGCUGGCACCUUCAUGUACUUCCCUCCAUCGAAACGAAAGCGUUGGUUAUGCACAAGUCUGUCUCUUCACCUGAACACAACUUCUCGAUUUCGUGUUCCAUUUGAACAU